AUGGCUGAUAUUUCAUCACAAAGCUUACCUCCUGUCUCAUUUGCAAACGAGAAAAAAGGCGAACAUGAACUGCAACAUACAGUAUCCAACAUCAACGGCGAGGUUGAGGAGGCUAGGCCGAAUUUGCUCUUGCCAGGUGCAAAGCACACUGUGCGGCAACUUCUGCCUCGCCAUAUCCAACUGAUGGCCAUUUCAGGAGCUAUUGGUACCGGAUUAUUCGUCGGGUCCGGAUCUGCUCUUGCUCGGGCUGGGCCGCUUGGUUUGCUUCUAGGUUACGCGGUCUAUUCACUUCUCGUAUGGUCGACUUUCAACGCCAUGGGUGAGAUGGUGACUUGGUUGCCAGUCGAUGGAUCAUUUGUUGUCUAUGCACAUGCAUAUCUCGAUGAUGCCUGGGGGUUCGCACUGGGUUGGCUGUAUACAGCGAACAGCUCGCUUUCUGCGGCUGGCGAAGCAGCUGCUGUGGCUGCUAUUAUCAAUUUUUGGACUGAUUCGGUAAAUAAUGCGGUAUAUAUAGCUAUCAUUACGUCGUCUUAUAUUCUCCUUAAUGUCUUUGGUAUUCGGAUUUUCGGGGAGGGAGAAUUUUAUUUUUCUAUCUUUAAGAUUCUUCUGAUCCUGGGUCUUCUCAUAAUGACAUUUAUUCUCAUGGUCGGGGGAAAUCCCCAGCAUGAUGCCUUUGGAUUCCGGUACUGGAAGAACCCGGGUCUCUUCAAUGAAUAUGUCGGCAGCGGCAAUUGGGGUAGGCCAUACUGUCACUUCUUAGGCUUCUGGUCCGUCUUCGUUCAAGCCGCUUACGCUUUUGGUGGCCCCGACUAUAUCGCUACGGCUGCCGGAGAAGUACGCUCACCUCGCCGCGUCCUGCCUACCGUUUUCAGCCGUGUUAUCUACCGCCUAGUUCUUUUCUACGUCCUCGGAGUGUUAGCUGUCGGUGUCCUCGUCCCCUAUAACGACAGUGAUCUCGGUGCCAACAAGCCCGGUGCCGGAGCCUCGCCGUUCGUCAUCGGUGCCACACGCCUUGGUAUCCCAGUCCUCCCACACAUCAUCAAUGCCGCGCUGCUCACCUCUGCCUGGUCUUGUGGUCUGGAACUUUACUUUGCGGCGACUCGCUCUCUCUAUGCCCUGGCCAUUGAUGGGAAAGUACCAAAAUUCUUCUUAUCCACCUGGAGAGGCACCCCAAUUUUCUGCGUCAUCACCAUCUGGGCUAUCACCUUAAUCUCCUUCAUGGCGGUCUCGAAUAGCUCGCUAACAGUAUUUACUUGGAUCACUAACAUUGUUGGCUCUGCGAAUUUGGUUAUUUUUUGUAUUUUCCACAUUACUUACAUUCGAUUCCGCCGCGCCCAAAUGGCACAAAAUGUCACCGAACGACCCUGGUUCCGCCGCAACCAGUAUUACUACUCAAUCAUUUCACUGGUUUUUUAUAUCAUCAUCUUCUUUACUAAUGGCUGGGUGGUCUUUACGAAAGGGAAUUGGGCUAUUUCUUCCUUUAUAUUUGCCUAUUUCCCUCUUACCAUGUUCAUUGUCACAUAUGCAGGAUACAAGCUUAUCAUGCGUCCUGUUAUGGCCCCGCUGCAUGAGGUUCCGCUUUACGCGGGCCGCUCGAUGGCAGAUAUAGAUGAUGGAUAUGCUGAGCCUGAGCCAAACACAAAAUGGCAGAAGGUCAAUCGAUGGCUUUGGGGUUGAGCAAUAUAUUAUUAUUUGCUGGGAAUAUACGCUCAAAAGGGAGAACAAGGUAU